AUGAGUGCUCUCAUCCAGAUGCGUGACUCAACAGGUAAAUUCAUACAAGCUCGCGCUUUACUUGAUACCUGUGCAACAGCUAAUUUUAUUACUGAAAAUUUGACUAAUAAAUUAAAACUUCCUAUGCAAAAUUGUUCUAUUCCAAUCGGGGCUGUUAAUGGAAUGCAAACCCUUUCAAAACAUGUCGUACAAAUAAAUUGUAAAUCUUUAAACGAUAAAUUUCAAAGAACAUUGUCAUUUUUAACCGUUGAUGAAAUUGCAGAAUUAAGUCCGAAUGAAAUAUUUCCACGUAAUAAAAUAUGCAUACCUAAAAACAUAAUACUCGCUGAUCCACAAUUUCACAUACCAAGACCUGUAGAUGUCCUUAUCGGUUCAGGUACCACACUUUCUCUUCUAUCUGUCGGACAGAUUAAUUGCUCACAAAAUGAUUGUGAUUUAAUACUACAAAAAACGCAACUGGGAUGGGUCAUAGCGGGGGGAGUCAAUAACGAUAAAAAUGUAUUCCCUGUAACUUGUCAAUUAACUAAUCUAUCGAGUCAAUUAACUAAAUUUUGGAAUAUUGAAGACGUAGGUUCUAAUGAUUCUCGAUCCUUUGAUGAUUCUGAGACCUAUUAUCAAAAUACCACUACUCGCGAUACAGACGGUAGAUAUGUAGUAAAUUUACCUUUUCGCGUAGACGAUGUCGAUUUCGGGAAUUCUAAACAACUAGCUUAUAAAAGAUUUCUAUCCUUACAGAGGAGAUUAAAUUCAGAUUCCUCAUUAAAAUCUGAAUACACUAAAGUCAUGAACGAAUACAUCGAUCUUGGCCACAUGGUACACGUACCGGAUGAUAGUGGACCUGGGUAUUAUAUGCCCCAUCAUCCGAUAAUUAGAACAUCUAGUACUACCACCAAGGUACGCGUUGUAUUUGAUGCUUCAGCUAAAACCGAUAAAGGUAUCUCAUUGAAUGAAGUUCUACUAACUGGGCCUACUAUACAGGACAAUCUCUUCACUAUUCUUUUGCGUUUUCGCACCUUUCUUUAUGCUAUGACUUCUGACAUCGCUCAAAUGUAUCGACAAAUCUGUAUACAUCCGGAUCAUCACAAAUUUCAACGAAUUCUUUACUAUCAUAAUAACAAUAUUAGCACCUUUGAACUUAAACGAGUUACGUUCGGGGUUUCUGCAGCCCCAUUUUUAGCUAUACGCACCGUAAAUCAACUUGCUGAUGAUGAAUCUCAUAAUUUUCCUGUAGCUUCAAAAAUAUUAAAACGAGAUCUUUAUGUCGAUAAUUUAUUAACCGGAUCUAAUUCUUUGACCGAAAUUUUAAAAUUGCGUGAUGAAAUCAUUCAACUGGUGCGAAAGGUCAAACCAAUUGAUUCAUCGCGAAAAAUAACUAAGCGAACUAUCUUAUCUGAUAUUGCAAAAAUUUUCGACCCUAUCGGAAUUCUGGGUCCUAUAGUAUUAGCUGCAAAAACUAUCAUUCAAGAAUGUUGGAAAUUAAAGGUCCACUGGGACGAAGCGGUCCCACAAGAGUUACAUUUACACUGGUGUAAAUUUGCUGAACAAUUACCUCUGAUAAAAGAUUUUUCUAUUGAGCGUAAUAUUUUACUUCCUAAUCCGACUGACAUACAAUUGCACGGAUUUUGUGAUGCUAGUAAAGUGGGCUAUGGUGCUUGUAUUUAUAUAAGAUCAGUAAAUGAACGCGGAGACGUACUCGUAAAAUUAGUUUGUUCUAAAUCUCGAGUUGCUCCUAUCAAAGAUGUUACAAUUCCAAAAUUAGAAUUAUGCGGAGCAUUAUUACUCGCUAAAUUAUAUAAAGAUACCAUUCCCUCCUUUGACUUUGAUAUUUCUAAACUUACGUUUUGGUCUGAUUCAACUAUUGUACUUCAGUGGCUCAAACGGUCUCCUAACUCUCUAAAGGUCUUUGAAGCAAAUCGCGUAACAAAAAUUCAAACUUUUUGCAGUAAAGUCGAAUGGCGACAUGUUAGAACUAAAGACAAUCCGGCAGAUUGUUUAUCUAGAGGUCAACUUCCUUCUGAAUUCUUAAAUAACAAAAUGUGGUUGGAAGGUCCCACGUGGCUCUCACAGGACCCUCUUAAUUGGCCUAACUUAAAGCCUGCUGUUCCUUCCGAACUUCCGGGUACUUUAAAAAUUACCUGUUUAUUAGCCACUACUGAGAAUUUGUUUAAACGAUUUUCAUCAUAUUGUAAACUUAUAAAUUCCUUUUCUUAUUGUUUACGAAUGUUAAAAAAUAAUUUAUUCAAAUACAAAUCUUUAAGCGUAGAAGAAAAAUUAUUAACUGAAAUAAAAAUCUUGACUCUGAUUCAAAACGAACAAUAUCAUUAUGAAAUCGAACAAAUUAAGGAAACCGGAGAGACUAAGAACUUACGAUUGCGAUGUCUUAAUCCAUUUAUCGAUUCAAACGGAUUACUAAGACUAGGAGGUCGUUUGAAACAUGCUCCUAUAUCUUUUUCAAAGAAACAUCCUAUUUUAUUACCUUCACGUCAUUAUGUUACUGAUUUAAUUAUUAGAGAAACACAUGAAAAAUUAUACCAUUCAGGUAUACAGAGUACACUUUCAAAUCUUAGACACAAAUUUUGGCUGCUAGACGGUAAAAACCAGAUUCGUAAAAUUGUAAAAAAUUGCGUCACAUGCAUUCGACAUCAGCCUGUAGUACUGCAAGGUAAAAUGGCUAAUUUACCUAGCUCUCGAGUCACCGAAUCAGCGGCAUUCUCCCACGUAGGUGUAGACUACUUUGGACCGCUCUUUAUUAAAGAACGUAAAUUCAGAAACAGAACAAAAAUUAAAGUCUAUGGAUGCGUCUUUGUUUGCAUGGCUACUAAAGCUGUACAUUUAGAAAUUGCUAGCGAUUUAACAACAGAAGGUUUUCUCGGGGCAUUUGGUCGAUUCAUUGAUCGACGAGGAGUUCCAACUCACGUCUAUUCGGACAAUGAUACUAAUUUUGUAGGCGCAAAUAAUCAAUUGAGAGAAUUGUAUAUGUUAUUUAAUUCAAAAUCCCAUCAAAAUUCCGUUAACGAAUAUGCUAUACGCAAAAACAUUAUCUGGACGUUCAAUCCUCCAUUAUCUCCUCAUUUUGGUGGCAUUUGGGAAGCAGCUGUAAAAUCUUUCAAACACCACUUUAAACGAGUGGUAAAAGACCAACUUCUCACUUUCGAAGAAUUGAAUUUUCUAACUAUUCAAAUAGAAUCUAUACUAAAUUCUCGUCCUCUCUGUUCUCUAUCUAAUGAUCCUAAUGAUCCUAUUGCCUGA